UUAGAUUAUAGAAUGGGGAAGCGAAAGGGUAUUGUUAAUCCUCAUCUACGAAUAAGGACUCCUUACACUAGAUUCGCUAGUGACUUUUGGGCCUGCUACAAGGCUUACGGACAUCACAAGGCUGUAAUUUCGAAACCUCGGUUUGACCGAACAGAGAGGAAGAUUCUGUUCGAGUUUUUUGAAGAUAUCAAAGCGAAACACAACACUGGAUUAAUAUUAAGAGACAGUAACCUAGCAGUCUGCAGUCCUUCCGCUCGGAGUGCUCUAUUUGACUUCUGUAAAGAUACAAAACCAGUUCCUGUAUCCGACUCUACAGUUCACAACCCAGCUCCGUCUGUGUCACAGGCAGUGAGUCCAGAUAUUGGCUUCAAGAGUCCCAGAACUGAUAACAGCCCCUGUAACACUACUAAACUGACUCUCACAGCUCCUACUUGUGCACCACUGGAACCCCUUAAUCUACAUCCUCUCCCUGUUCACCAGAUAGAUGAUGAGGUGGACAUUUUACCUGAUCCUGAUCAGAAUGUUCCUUCUUCCGGCCAGACGGUUGAUGUCAGGACCUCACCAGGCUCCUACACCAGAGAGCGCCAGGGAAGGAUAAUCGGUUUUAUGAGCAAAAUUAUCAGUGAGAAAUGGGCUUCCUGCGAUAGUGACCUGAAGGAAGAGUACAGAAGACAGACAGCUGAAGAGAAGUCCACAUUCCUAGAGACAAUGAUAGCAGUACAUCUGAGACAUGGCUUCCCUCUUCCUCCUGUAAGGAUAGAAGAGAGUCGCUGUAUGAAUAUGCUAUUCAAGAGUCUCUACAAGUGGUACAAGCAGAACCAGUUUAUCCUGGACCUGGGAUAUCCUGGCAGGGUGGGGUCAGACCCCGUCAUAGCUACUCUACGGAACAAGUGUUCUAAAUUCAUGAAGAAGGAAACGGAACAAUUCAAACAAAUGUUUGCCUCAAAAACUGUUAUAAACCUUGACAUGACGAGUGAUCUUGUUGAUCACGUUGAUAAAGAUAUAAUGAAGUACGCAGACAACUUCAUCUCCACGCCCGGUACCAUCUCAACUCCUCACAGCCCACAAUUUGUGCAAUCUGACCAGCUGUCAAGUGGUUGUAGCAGUCUAGAUGGUGCAGUGACGAGCUCAACUCCUGAAAAAUCAGCUCCGGAAUGUGAACCCAGUACAACUGUUAUAAAGAUUCCGAGUGGUUGUCAGGGGCAACAGGGGAACAGAACCUAUCAUACCAUCCAGCCCUGUUACACAUCCUCCCCUAAACCUGUGAAUUUAAGUCCUGGUUCUGGUAACAGUCUCCACCCCUUGUCCCCACCACUCACCCCAGUAUUGGCUGCUAAGCUGUCAGCUCCCAACUUUGUCCGACCUCCCCCUCCUCCACAACCUCCGUCCAUGUUGUACUCUCUCUACGGGAUGGGGCAGGUCAGUGAGGAUAACAACACAGCUGAUAAACCGAGCAGGAGUAGCUGGGGUGACAACACUACCCCAGCAGUAACCCAUGUUCCUCUCGGCAGCUUGUACGCUCUCCCUCCUCGUAUCCUAUACCCUGGCUACCAGUUUCAGUGGUCGACUGAAUUGCCGAGUCUGACCCCUUACCCACUCUCAACACCUGCUCUCCAGCCACCCGACAUAUACCUCCAACCACCGGCCCCUCUCAGUCCCUCCACCGCUCAGGGCUCACCGGUACAGGGACACGACAUGUAUUUCUCUCAACCGUCAAGUUAUUUUAACAACGGUAACUUUUAGAUCACUUGUAAGAAUUUGGUAGAACUUUCCGGAAUUACCCUCGUGAUAAUUUGCAUUCUAGAGUAAGUUUUUUAGAGGGGUCGAAUUUGUUGUUGGACCACUUCUGAUUAGAUUCAUUUGGUUUUAUGCGUCAUUAAUUUGUAUCCCCUCAUGACUUGUUAAGUUAGGAAUCUUUUAAUUUAUUUAGGCAAUUUUUUGACUUUAGUCUCCUAAUUUUAUAUCAUUUUAUAAUAUCUUCGAUAUUUUAUCAAAUUUUUAGCUAUUGUUUUUGUCGGUGGUCGACCGGUUUGUUUGUGAUUUCAUAUAGAUGUAGAUUGACGAUUUGCUUACUCUUUUAGCAUUGUUAACGAAAGUUUAUAGUUUAGUGAUCAUUUUCAUGUAUCAUGAGGGAUAGUUGUUUUAUCUUUCGAUAUAGAAACGUAUAUGCUGAAAUCGAUCAUAUUAUGAGAAAUUCCAUUUUCAAUUGUUUUUGACUAAUGACCGAAUUAAAUGUAAUUUUUAGCACCUUAUUUUUGGUUUUUAGAGAUUUGAUUUAUUGAUCAGAUUUUUUAUACUUUUAUAGAUUUUUUAUUCUCGAUUUUUUAAUCAUGAUAUGUUAAUAAUAAGUUCUAUAAUGGAUUUGCUUAUUAUUAUAUCGAAAUUCUAGCUCAUUCUUAAUUCGAAUGACAGUUUACGUUUGUUAAACUAAUACUUUCUAAUAGAUUGAAGCUCUGUG